AUGGAUAUCCAGCAAAUUGAAGCACUUUCCUCGCUUAUCGCGACCUCGGUGGCAGAGCUGAAACAACUUCAAGGCGCACUCAAGACUACCCAGCACACAGCAUCUACCGCAAAGGCUGAGUUCUUGAAGCCGUCUUUGCAGGUCGUGGCUGCUGCGUCCCAGCUGAUUGCGCUGGUGCGCACUCCUGAACGUUACCUCAUGGAUAUCUCAACCGGACACCAAUUGAGCUCGUCUUUGCGGGUAGUGGUCGAGACGAACGUACCAGAGAUCCUCAGGGAGAAAGGCAAGGGACCCAAGCGCGCUUUGCACGUCAAGGAAAUCAGCACUUACAAUGGCGUCAACCAUUUGAAACUCUCCCGCAUUAUUCGGCUCCUUGCAACGCACCACAUUUUCGAAGAAGUUGCCCCCGAUGUCUAUGCCAACAACAACAUCUCCAUUGCAUUGGACACUGGAAAGUCGCUGGCAGAACUAAAGGCCAAUCCCGAAGAGAAGUAUGACGGCACUAAUGGUAUCGCCGCGCUGGUCGGUAUAUUUUCCGACGAGACUAUGCAUAACUCGGUAUGCAUUGCCGAUAUCUUGAAAGACCCGGAGACGACGAACUCGUUCUCGCCCUUCGAUGCGCCCUUCUCUCGAGCUUGGCCUGGCACUAGGAACAUCAAGAUGUACGACUGGCUAAAUCUACCUGAGAAUCGCCCCCGCUUGAAGCGUUUCGGUAUGGGUAUGAAUGGCAUGAACAGCAUGACCCCCUCGGAUGCCAUCCUGCGCGGCUUCAACUGGGCCAGCUUGCCGGAAGGAAGCAUUGUCGUCGACUGCGGUGGCGGUGUCGGCUCUGUUUCUUUACCUAUCGUACAGACUUGCCCCCAGAUUCAUCUGAUCGUGCAAGAUACGGGCCCGGUUGUCGCGGAAGCGCCAGCGUUCUGGCAGGCAAAUCAACCCGAAGCUCUGGCACAGGGAAGAGUGUCAUUUCAACCGCAUGAUUUCUUCCAGCCUCAACCUUCCGUAAACAACAAUGUCUCAGUGUUCUUGCUGCGGAUGAUCAUGCAUAAUUGGCCUGAUGUGGAAUGUGUUCAAAUCCUGAAGCGUGUACGUGAGAGCUGCAACAAGAACACACGUGUCGUAAUCGUGGACAACAUUAUGCUGUACGCCUCUCGUGAUCAAAGCAUAGAAGGGCAGGAUAGUGGGAUCUCAGACCCAGAUGCGCUUGCCCCAGAGCCACUACUGGCCAAUUGGGGCGCAGCGAAUGCGUUAUCAUACAAGCAGGAUAUCAACAUGUUGAGUAAUCACAAUGCAUGCGAACGUACUGUCCCCGAGUUCGCCGAGUUGCUCUCGCAAUCUGGCUUCCGUAUCGUCGAAGUGCAUCAAGCGCACCAAAGCUGGCUGCCCCAGAUCGUGGCUGUGCCGAUUUAG